AAACAUACUAUAUAUGAAGUCAUUCCCUCUCUCUGCCUCUCUUAAUAUAUAGACGUUAUUGUUGGACCUGAAUAUAGGAUUAUCCUUCCCCAAAAUGGGUUUGAUUAUGAGUUUCAUGCCUAAAGGUUUGCCAUUAACACAGAUGUUGCAUCUUGAUGUGAACACGCUCUACAACCAGUUCAUUGGGGAUAAGAUCAUCGACCGGCUCAUUGGGGAUAAUAUCACCGAGUUUAAUGACUUCCAUCUUGCUGCUCUUGAUAUCUUCAACUCUAUCAACUCAGCAUUGCCUGGUAAACACUAUGAUGUACCAUCGCGCGAGGAAGUAAAGAAAUGUUUUGAUAGCUGGAAAGGACAAGAAAAUAAAGAAGAAAAGAAGAAAGUAUUCAUCCAUUUUAUGAAAGAGAGAGUCAAUCUUAGCAAAGUAGAUGACUUCGUGCUGAUCGCUGGAAUAGUAACACCUCCUGUAGCCAUGGUGGCUAAGAGAGCCGGAGAAAAGGUUCCCCAGCUGAAAGCGAUCAAGGCCAUUCCCGACGUCCUCUUUGUUCCCACGGCAACGGUGCUGGCUCUCGUCUCCGUUAAGUUCUCCAGAAGGCUUUUCAAGAGAAAUGGAGCAUCCUGAAUGUGCCUAACAUGGCCUCUUCCUUUAUCUUUUAUAUGACAUUCCAAAAGUACCAAUCUAUUAGAGGUAUCGUCUCCUCCAUAAUGUUGUCUUGCAAUUGUAAUAACAAAGAGACAACUUCGCCUUAAAAUAAGAUAUACACCGGUCCUUUUCA